AUGCGGCUGGAUUUACCGCUCAAAAGAGGACUGCCACCAAAACGAGAUCCAGUGGAACGCCAGAAAAAGAAAGAAGGACCAUCACGCCCCAUUAAAAAGCCAUCGGAACGUUUGUUGGCGGCUGUUGCAGCGGCAACAGCUUCAAGCAGGGCGAAUACCACUUCGUCAGGCGACGCGAAGCAAUCGAAAAAGUACUCGGAGCGGAUUCGGCGUAAAGAAGAACAAGCGAAAGAUGCGAAAGAUGACAAGGAGUCUCCGGCGCAGUCCAACGCAACUUAG